AUGCGCACCGCAUUCCUACACAUUCCUACACAUUCCUUGUGCAGCGUCCAUCCCCGCGCCAUUUCAGCUCAAGGGCGGCUCCCGUGCAUGCACCCGCUCGUAAGUGUUGCUUUAGGUGCUGCCAGGCUUUUUGUUUCAUUUGUUCCAAAGCUGGACCCGGCUAUCAUGAGCGCCACAAGCAUGUCGGUGCCGAUGGCCCUGAACCACUACUCGAAGGAGGCCUUCUGGGCAGAGGUCGAAAGGAUAAGGCAGGAGGGCGGAAGGCAGGAUGAGGUCGACCGGCUGACCGCCGCGGCGGAGGGCAUCCGCUGCUUCUGCUGCCUCGACCUCGGCGUGUGCUACAAGGACCGAGACGGACUCUUCGCGAACUUGGACGGCUGCGGAGACUACGACAUCGUCACGUGCCCGUCCUGCGCCGCCGGCGGCGCCAAGGAUGAUGGGACAGCUUCGUGGAGUGCUGCCGCGACCCCGAGGCGGCGCACGCCGGCAUCCUCAAGAGGGGGGACCGGGAGCGGCUGUUCUGGGAGCGCACCCGACGGAGGGCACCUCGGUGGUUGCCGCCCUCGGCAGGAAGAUUGCCGCCGGCGGCCCCGGCCACGUCCCGGGUGGGCAGGCGCCGCCGGUUGGCUCCGCCGGCUCUGCCCCUCCGGCCGGCUGCCCCCGGUGCGCCGGCGGACACCGCGGUUGCCAGCAACAGGGCCGGCGCCGCUCUGGCGCAGGCCGCCGCCGCCGCUGGCGGGCCCGGCGCCGCGGCGCCGCGUCCCACCGCGGCCGCCCGCGGCGGGGCACGGCCCCCGUGCUGCGGGUGCCUCGCGGGGCUGCUCGGGGAGCGGCAGGCCGGCAGGCAGCGGCACGCCCCUGGCCGGCCGCUCGCGGAGGAGAAGCCGCGGCUCGCCGCCGAGCAACUUGCCGCGAACCCCCCGGCCGUGGAAGGACCUCGACUCGACGGCAAGCCCCUGCAGACUGUGUUCGCGCCCAUGGUACCCAACUUCGUGGCGGCACGGAUCCAGGGCGCCGGCGGCGAAUGGAGGACGUGAAGAUGGAAAGCUUCUUCUCAGCUCUCGGCGUCUAUCGAGAAGCGGCCCCUCAUUUGGGCAAGACGGUUCUUUGGGUUUUCGCCGAUUUUGA